AGAAAUAGAUUUCAUCGAAUUUCAUCGCUUGGAUGAAAAUGGCGCGAGCGUGAUAUUAGUUACGAGCGCGGGAAAUCGAACUUUUUUUUUUCGUAUUAACCGUUAAUACGUGAUUUAGUUUAAAUUAUAAAUUUUAAUAUAUAAAAUAAGAACAAUUUAAAGAUCUAUAAUUCGUUAACAUUAUAUAAAUAUAUUUCAUCGAAUCAAUACACAUUUUACAUUAACUUCAGAAUUACUCUUUUUCUUUUCGAUGUGACCUGUAACUUCGUUUAUAAUAUUCUUGUUUUAUUGAAAUUUUGACAAAAAGUGUUUUCUUUAAAAUGAGCGAAAAUGUCCAAGGAACAUUUAUAUCUCAAAAGAUUUCAAAGAUAAGAUGGAAACGCGAAGAUUUUGCAGAAAUAAAAAACUUUUUAACCGGCAGCUGGGACGAUCCGGUAAAUAAAAUUACAUAUUGGUCUCUUACAACAAACGAAGAUGAAGAAACAUAUCCAACUAUUGCUUCUGAGUAUUCAUUUCUUGGUGAUGUUACAGAAAUAAAGUUUAUAAACAGUAACUUUUUUGUGGCAUCGUCAUCUUUAGGCUCUGUUAAACUAUUACAAAUUCAUGAAAAUCCAUUUCCUCAAUUUAAAGAACAUAUGGCAUGGGAAUUUAUACAUAAUUUUAAAACAUUAGAUUAUGCUCCAUGUACUGCUCUUUCUAAUUUCGAGCAAGAUAUAGUUUCGGUGGGUGAAGAUGGUCGAAUCAAUCUUCUGACAACUACACAACAGAAACCAGUUAGAACAAUUGAGAAUGCAGAUAGCUGUUCUAUUUAUUGUGUUGAUUUCCUAAGACAUAGUGAAAUACUGACAGGCAAUUUACGAGGACACAUGAAAGUUUGGGAUUUAAGAAAUGAUCAUGAUACUCCUGCAACUACUUUUAUGCUUUCAGAACAGAUCAAAACCGAAGCAAUGAGUAUCGCACAUCAUCCUACACAGAGGCACAUAAUAGUUGCAGGUGGAGGUGAUGGUAGUUUGACUGUAUGGGAUUUAAGACAUCAUACUUAUCCCAUAUCACAGCUUAAUGCUCAUGCAAAAGCAGUUAGUGAAAUUAUGUUUCAUCCAGAUAGACCAGAAAAUUUAUUUACAUGUUCAACCAGUGGUGAAUUAUGGCAUUGGAACAAUACACAGAAUUCAAAAUUAAGAUUAGAUUCAACAGACACUCAUUGGUUGAAUACAAUAGGAACAAAUGGUAAUAUUAACGUUACAUCGCUCUGUUGUGAUAUGCAUAAACCAAUAAAUAGUAUUGACAUUGAUAAAACUACUUUACUAUUUGGAUGUGAUAAUGAAGCUAUGUAUAUUAUUAAAAAUGUAGCUAUAUAACAAUUUCAUAGAAUAAACAUUCCUUUCCAUACUCUGUGAAUAAUAUUAAUAAUUAUAUAUUAUAAUAACUACAUAUAUAUUAUAAUAUGUAAAUAUUUUAUUUAAUUUCUGUUUUAUAUGUAAUACUUAAUUUUAUUGAAGUUUACCGGUUAAACCACUAGGGAGCGCGAAUGGUAGCGAUUUCAGCACACCUAUCUUCACGUUGUAAAACGUCAGAAAAUUGAGAAACAUGUAAAUAAUGUUGAUCGAAUAUAAAAGCGUAUCUCUAAUUUUUUUAUUUUUUGUUACGUUUUAGUAAAUUAAUAGAAUCUUAACAUUUUUAUGCUUAAAUAUAUUAAUGACUCAUGUGGUGCUUAUAAAUAUUUUCAUAUCUCGUUUAUGUAGCAAUCAUAUUACAUCUAUCAUUCUCUCUCUAUCCAGUCAUCCAAUCAUAAUUAAUAUAUGUAUGUACAUCAUCAGUUAUCCAACUGUAAAAAAAACCCGGUACGCAUUAAUUCCGAUAAAAGAAAUUUAUAUGAAAAGAUUAAGAUACAUAAAAUUGUGAAUUUUCAUUAAGUGUAUGAUGCAAAAAUUAAAAUUUAUUGUCUUAUUUAUAUUGUUGACAUUUGACGUAUGACAUAAAUUAAGCUUAAAUCUAAUGUUAUAAAAAAAAAAAAAAAAAAAGGUGUACAG